AUGUCUGAAGGAGAAGAACUAAAAUACAAGCUUGAGAUCCCUGGGGAGGACCCCAGGGACUCAAGCAGAGACUUCACUGGCAAAGCCACUGCGACCUAUUCCAAUGGUGAAAUCUAUGAAGGCGAGUUCAAGGAUGGACUCAGAGAUGGCCAUGGCAAGUACACUUACAUCAACGGUGAUGUCUAUGAAGGCGACUGGAUCGUCAAUGAUAGGCAAGGCAUAGGGAAAAUUGAGUAUAAAGGAAAAGGCACUUAUUAUGGCGAUUGGGUCAAAGGGAAGAGACAUGGAGAAGGACUCUUUACGUACCCAAAUAAGGACAUUUAUUCUGGAAAAUGGGAGGACGGCGAAAAAAAAGGUAUUGGUACCUUCAUUUUCUAUGAUACUGGUAUGAAGAUGUAUGGUACUUGGAAAGAAGGCAAGUUUGUAGAAGGUAAAUGGAUUUAUCCAAAUGGAACUUAUUUUGAAGGGAAAUAUGAUAAUAAUAAGCCUAAAGGAAUUGGAAAAUGGAAUUUCAAAAAUGGCAAUACUGUGAAAGGAGAAUACUCUCAAAUGGUUAAAGUAAAUACUGAUAAAAAUGAUCCCACUAAGGCAGAUGAAGAAAUCCUCAUUUGGAAAACAGUUGCUUAA